GUUUAGUUUGCUGGGAAAUGUGAGGACCUUAACAAACAGCUUCCUUUUUCGCUACAGAGUGGACGCCAGGGACCGGGGCACUGGGCUGAGAAGAUGGCAAGAAUACCGGGGCCAGAAGCCCCGCGCGCUCUGGAAAGCUGCCAUGUGACAUUUGGCUGCCAGCGCUCUGUCACAAGGUCAAAGGGGCCCCUGCAACGCGCACUUAAUGGAAACGCACCGAGCUCCACACAACGUCCACCACAAUCACUUCUUGGGGAUUUCUCUGGAAAACGGUUUUGCUCCUCAACCAACCACACACCAAAACCAAAAACGGCAGCACAGGCAGAGCGGGCAGUCCGGGGAGACGCCUGGGAGAGGAAACCCCAAGUGUAGCAUGAGUAAAAAGAUCUUUCCUUGGAUGAAAGAGUCCAGACAGACCAAUGAGAAACACAGAAGUCAGACGAGCAUUGCAGAUUCCAAUGACAAGUGCGCUGGUGCGUCCCUGUCUUCCAAACGCACGCGCACAGCAUAUACGAGCGCGCAGCUGGUGGAGUUGGAGAAGGAGUUUCACUUUAGUCGGUACUUGUGCAGACCAAGACGCGUGGAAAUGGCCAAUCUACUGAACCUGCACGAGCGCCAAAUCAAGGUUUGGUUUCAGAACCGGCGUAUGAAACAAAAGAAGGAUGAGCGUGUGAAGGGCCUAUCUUGCUCCCCCUCUUCCCCCUCCGACCCUGACAGCCCCACCCUCUCCAGCCUGGGCUAUGUGCAUUUGGGUCCAGAUUUCCCAGUGUCCCCUCCGCCUAAAGCCCAGCUGCAGUCUGUAACGUACCAAGAGACUGAACACUUCUCCAAAUACGCAGCUCCCGGAGGUGACCCUCGCUUUACGCACGGGCCACAGUUUAACGCGGACUUUGACGCGCACGGCCACUCGCACGUGGUGGGAGUAAACGAUCCUCAAGGCUCAUAUUUCUCCCAGAGCUGCCCUGCUCAGGACAGAAUCAUGCAGGCUCCAAAGCUGACUCAUCUGUAG